AAGAAGAGGGGGCAGAGGAGCGAGGAGGGGGGAAACGCGCUGAAAGAAGCCUGGCAUAGUUUUGUGGGGAUUGUGGAAAAAGAUGUAAGGAAGCUCCCAAGCUCUCUCACAGGGAUGGAACACUGGAUUACUCUCCCUGCUGAAACACACUGUGGAUGUCUGAAUGAACCAGGAGCCGAUACGUGGGAACGAGUGGAUUCUAAAGCUGUCACAAAAUGGGAACUAACUGCUCAUUUUCGCUGUAGUGCAAAGGAAAAAAGCAGACAACAUGUUUAUGUAUGAGAAGAAAAUGAACUGAGGCGUUGAAGAAAAGGAGCUUGCAGAAGGUUAAGGCUGAGCUCUCUGUGGGUGUGUGUGGGAUGUUGUGUCAGGGCUAAAGCCCAUCCCUCUCCCAUGAGCCUGUGUGCCCGCACACACACCUGGCGCCUCCACACACACACCCGGCGCCCACUCUCGCACAGCCGGCACUGACGCUGUGAACUGGACCCUCUGAGCCCAGCGGAUCCCAGCGGAGCCAAGCGGAGCGGUGUCUAGCCCAGUUGGAGCCUGAGGAUGUCAACAGAGACAGAGCUACAGCCAGCGGUCAGGCCCAGCACUAUCAGACGGGACUCCAAGAGGAAAGGUCAGGAUCGCAGCGAGGCGACUCUCAUCAGACGUUUUAAGGGCGAUGGCGUCCGCUACAAGGCCAAGCUCAUCGGCCUGGACGAGGUCACUGCGGCCAGAGGAGACAAACUCUGCCAGGACUCGAUGAUGAAGCUCAAGGGUAUAGCUGCAGCAGCACGGUCCAAAGGAGAUCACAAGCAGAAGGUGUUUCUGACUGUUUCCUUUGGAGGGAUCAAGAUCUUUGAUGAGAAGUCAGGGGUCCUCCUACACCACCAUGCCGUCCAUGAGAUCUCCUACAUUGCCAAGGACAUCACGGACCACCGAGCCUUUGGCUACGUCUGCGGGAAGGAGGGGAACCACCGCUUCGUGGCUAUCAAGACGGCACAGUCGGCUGAGCCUGUGAUCCUGGACCUGCGGGACUUGUUCCAGCUCAUCUACGAGAUAAAGCAGAGAGAGGAGAUAGAGAAGAAAGCCCAGAAAGACAAGCAGUGCGAGCAGGCCGUCUACCAGACAAUACUGGAGGAGGAUCUGGAGGACCCGGUCUACCAGUACAUUGUGUUUGAGGCGGGACACGAGCCCAUCCGUGACCAAUCAGAGGAGGGCAUUUAUCAGGUUCCCACCAGUCAGCAGAAGGAAGGGGUCUAUGAUGUCCCAAAGCGACACCCAAACGGACAUCUCACCCCUCACCACCAUCCUCAGCAUCAUCAUUACCACGGUCAGCCCCUCCGACAACAACAAACUGAACCGUCGCAGCAGCAGGAAGUGGCAGCUCUGAUAGACUUAGACCUGGAAAUGGUGACUCAGAAUAUCAACCAAUUAGAGAUUUUUGGAGACAUGUCCACACCUCCCGACAUCACGUCUCCAUCGACUCCCGCCUCUCCAGCCAACACCCUUGACCCCUCGCUGGGCCUGCAUCCUCCCACGGAACUGUUUGCCCCCUUCAAUCCUGCGUCUGUGCCCUCAGGUUAUGUGACAAUGGGAGCAGUACCCCCCGGCCACUGGUCCCAGCAGGCGUUUGCUGCCCAGACACCGCUGGCCUUUGGGGUCCAGUCUCCACUGGGCCCAGUAGCCCAAGUGCUGCCAGGCGGUCAGCCUCUCAUCUGGGGCCAGGCCAACAUCUUCCCUGCCACUCAGCAGCAGUGGGCAGCCAUGGCAGCUGGAGCCUUCUCCCCUACAGCCUACCUCCCUGCCCAGCCUGUGGGCACCCUGCCCGCCGCCAUGUUCCAGACUCUCACCCCUGUCACGCCUAUGACUCCAGCCGGCGAGAGCCAUUCAGGUGCUGGAGCCAGCGCUUCAGCCCCUUCCCCUUCAGCGUCGUCGAGUCCGCAGCACGGGGAGAGGGGGAAGAAGAUGGGCAAGGAGAUGUUCAAGGAUUUCCAGCUGGCGAAGCCCCCGGCCAUGCCUUCAAAGAAGGGAGACCAGCCCGGCUUAGCAGGAACCUCAGAGGCAUUCAGCUCUUACUUCAGCCGCGUGGGCACGGCCCAGGACACGGACGACUGUGACGACUUUGACAUUUCUCAAAUGAAUCUGACACCAGUCACCUCCACGACACCAUCCACCAACUCGCCACCCACCCCAGCUCCCAGGCAGAGCUCUCCCUCCAAGUCCUCAGCCUCCCAUGUCAGCGAUCCCCCCACCGACGCCACAGACCCUCCCACGGACGACUCAUUCGGGGAAGCAGAGGGCAGUCCGAGUCGCAGUGGAGAGGAAGAUGCUGCAUGUGGUUCUGGGUCGCCCUGCCCCAGUGAAACAGCAGAGCCCAACCCAGACCAGGCCAGUCCAGAGGCUGGGAGCUAGAUAGAGGAAGGGCAGGGUGGGGAAGGACCCUCUCUACGCCCGGAUCAACAAAGGGAAGAAAUAGAGAGACACACAAGAAGACAGACUUGACUAGCACUGAGAGAACAGGAAGAGAACUCUGUGUGUGUGUGUGUGUGUGUGUGUGUGUGUGUGUGUGUGUGUGUGUGUGUGUGUGUGUGUGUGUGUGUGUGUGUGUGUGUGUGUGUGUGUGUGUGUGUGUGUGUGUGUGUGUGUGUGAGUGAGUGAGUGAGAGCGUCCGUCCUUCUCAACCUCAACACUCCUGCUGCCCUCCCUCGCUCCUCCUCCUUCUCCUCCUCUCUGCAAUCUCUAUAGUCAGUCACUCUAGGCAGGAGGGAUGUCAAUCAAUCCAGUUCUCCCUCCACUGCUUGUCGUCUUCUGCUCCCCGUGGCGACUCACACCCAGCCUUACGGACAUAACCUGAUCCUCCCUCCUCCUCCUCUCUGUCUUCACUCUCACACUCCUCCCUCUGCCUCCUGUGUCUGGCCGGAGCCUGUGCUGCCAAGGAGGGACCGAAUCAAGCAGUGCCUCUCUGUCUCUGACACCCACCUACACACACACACACACUCAUUGGGAUUAGAGUGUUCAUCUUUCCUUUUAACGGGCAGAAUCUCCAUCUGUAGUAAGGACAUUCCCACAGGAGGAGAUAGACUGUAAAUGGGCCUGUCAGGGACGGCCUGCUACUGGGAUCACUGCUUCUGAUUGGUCGGUCGGUUCCAGCGUUUUCUCCCCCAUUCCUGUGAGUGUCUGCUGGAUCACUAUGCAGAAACAGACUCUCUGAGAGCUACUCACACAACAGCUACACGCAGCAAUCAGCCUACAACACACACACAUGCACAUACACACACAGCGUCAUCCCUCACGCUCACUAACAUUCAUGCACACAUUGAUUUGCCAAACGUCUCACCUCGCGGACAGACCCGGUUCAGAAGCCAGAGGACCAGACGUACUGAGGAAAGGACGCCGAGGGGAAAGUGUUGCAAGUCAAGCAGAUUCUGUGAUCGAACUGUUCAUUCUCUAUAGCUUUUGUACAAUACCAAUUUAAAAAAAACAAAAAAACAAACAAAAAAGAACUAAUUGAAAAAUUGAAUUUUUAUUUUCUAAGUCAAUCCAGCCACUGGAGUCAGCUCUAUAGGAGUUAUAGAGUCAACUUGGCUUUAAGGCUUCUGAUCGUUGGUUUGCCAAACCCAUUUUGUAAAUAAUGAUAACAACAACAACCAUUUUGUCCACUGGACUUCUGUGCCAUAAAAUAGGAAGGCUUCAGUUAUGCAAUCUCUCGACGUUAACCCAAGCAAUACCAACAUGUUUUUCUUUUUCCUGUGUGCCCACUUUAUUUGGAUUCUCCCUCUAAUAUGUUUUUUUUUGUGCAUGGACGUUGUCGGCUUAGCCUCACUUACUAAUCCAACUAUAAACCUCCACCAUGCCCCUGUUUGUCUCCUCUAGUCCCACUGCUACACAUUAUUGUUACACCUCUAUGGUUUCUAUGUUCUCUGUGUGCCGCAACCCUGUGUUUCUUUACCACAAUCCUAUUUUCCUAUGCUGCAGUCAGCAGGCGCGGUCUCGCUCACUGUCCCCCAGACUGCUCCCAGAACAGUCUUAUACUGCGACGCUCUGUUCCAUCUGUCUGUCUGUUGUUCAGGUGCCAAAACUGCUGCUGUCCGAGCAUCUGUGUGUGGACUGCAGCGUCCUCUGCUGCAGCCACAUCUACUGUGAUGCCAAUGACUCCCUAUUUUAUGGCCAGAGUCCCCUCAUCACUGGAGAGCUCCUUUGGACUGUGAUGUUGAUUAAUCUAAAAAGUGACAACUAGAAGACAAGCAGAGAUGCUGAAUAAAAAGGGAAACGUUGCUGUUUGAGUACAUAACAUUUCUAGACCUAUUUUAACUUUACCUCAGCUAACAGUUUCUUAAUGUAAAUUGACACAUUAUUUUUAUCUUUAUGAAUAUGACAUUCUACAGUGGGUUUUUAGAUGAUUUUUUUUUUGGUUCUAUCUUGAUUUACGUAUUCCACCAUGUAUUACUGUUGCAAAUAAACACAUCCCAAAUGA